GUCAAGGAACACACCACGAACUGACUGCGCAUGCGCGGCGUGAUUUGAGAGCAGUAACACGGAAGUGCAGUCAUAAAUUGAAGGCAACGUUUCUACGUGCUGCUGCUUUUUUUGGACGCCAGCUUUGUGAUGGCAGUGGACUGGAUUGGAUUCGGCUAUGCCGCAGCCAUCGCCUUUGGGGGAUUCAUGGGCUACAAGAGAAAAGGCAGCGUCAUGUCUCUGAUGGCUGGUUUAGUUUUUGGUUGUUUUUCUGCUUACGGGGCAUACAACGUCUCUUAUGAUCCUAAAGACAUCAAGAUUUCAUUGCUUUCUUCGGGAGUCCUGUCACUCGUCAUGGGAAUGAGAUACAAGAAAUCUGGAAAACUAAUGCCUGCUGGCAUUAUGGCCGGGCUAAGUUUGUUGAUAGUGUUUCGACUGCUACUCCUCCUCGUUGGGUGACUGGAGGAGCAACACUGACAAGACAGAGCAGUUAUAAAGGAAACCGCAUUCCCAGUUUGAAUAGUAAAACAAGCCCUCUUUUGUUUGGUAGUUUAACUCUUGUGACCAAAAGCUACCAGUGGGUGUUUAACAUUUAACAAGGUUAACUUGCCUGUUAAUCUUAUGAAGUAAAUCAGUUUUGGAAAUUGUGUAUAAAUGAAACUGCUUUUUUUCGUUUGAGCAUUUACAUGAAUGUGAAUCUACUGAAUAGGAUGAACAGAUGCACAUUAGUUUUGUGGGUGCAGUUUUUCUUGGCAGGUGGUUUACUGUAAACACUUCAACUUUAUUUUUGCAGGCUGCAAAUAGUCACGGUUAGGAAUUGCAAAUAUUAAAAUCAUUAAAAAAGGUAAAAGUUUAAAGAAUAAAAUGUGUAUUCUC